AUGGCUACGGCCGAUAGCUCACUUUUAUCUCACGAUCACACGACUCAAUCGACGUCGGAUGAUUCAACUUUAUCGGCACAAAACCGUCGAUCUUUUACUAAUAAUACAAAUUCUUCUCAUCCUCGACCUGGUCAACAUUUAGAUGAUGCUGAUUUAUUAGCAUGGAAACGGCAAUAUGCAAACAUUGGCUUAAGAGAAAAAAAUACGAUAUCAAACUCAGCUGAUGAUUUAUCGCAACUUGACGACCGUCUUUCAUAUCAGUUUGAAGUGUUUGGACAAGAUUAUAAUGACAUGGAAGAUGAUGAAAUACAUUUCGAUAAUGGAAAUAAUUAUGAUUAUGAAGCUGAUAUUCACGAAAGACUUAAAAAGGCUAAUGAAGAAUUUGAACAUGAUGUAACACCAGCUGAAUUGAAACAUCGACAGCGUGUUUCAUUCGAUGCUAUGGUCAAAGCAGUUGAUAUUGUUCAGGAUCCACAAGAACAUGUCAGUGAAGAUACUUUAAUUAAGCCAUCUGUUUCACCUGUUGACGAAGAGCCAGCCGCCCGUAUAACUACUUCACAAAAUGACGAUAGUCCAGUCGCAUACACUGUACCAUUGAAUGAUACACAGCCGAAAGAAGGUCCAACAUUAUUACAACAACUUAAAGCCAUGCAAUUUCAUGGUGUUCCACCGACUGGUGAUCGAUGGUCAUCGGUAAAUUCAAAUAAAACAAAUGGCUCAUCACCGCAUCAAGGUUCGCCGCCGCUUAAAUCUGAUUCAAACAGUAACACUGAUACUCCUGAUAUGGCAUCACAAUCAGCAGCUUCGUCGAAAAAAUCAAUGCUUGUUUCUAUUAAUGGUGGAUUUGAGCUACAAAAUGAAGAAGAUUAUGUAGCUAAAGGUUCGACAGACAGACGCAGAGCUAGAUUUGCUGGUGCUGCUGAUGAUGAUGACGAUGAUAAGGAUGAGGAUAAUGAUAAAAAAGCUUCAACACAAUAUAGCAACGUUAGAUAUUUCCCAAAACCACCAUCAGAAGCGAAGCCACCGGCAGAUCCAUCUAAACCUCAACCACCUACUCGUCCAUAUCCAGUAAUGUCUCGACCACAAUCGUCAGAUAGUGGUAAACGACCUACCAAUUCAGCUAGUACAUUAUCAAGAUCACUAUCUGAUAAUAAAAAUCAAUCGAGCAACGAUCGUGAACAAAGACCCAAAAGUGCGGUCGUUCCAAAAUAUUUAUAUUCAUCGAUUAAUAAUCCACCGUCGGGUGUCAACUUUGAAGAACUUUGUCAAAAAGCAGCUGAAAAGAAACGGGCAGAGAUGAAGGAAGAACGUCGCAAGAAGAAAGAAGAAGAAGAAAAACGAGUAGCAUUAGACGCCAAAGCAAAAGCAAAAUAUGAACAAUGGAUACACGACAAAGAUAAUGAACGUAAAAGACUUAAUGAAGAAAAACGUAUGGAAAAUGACGAACGUGAAGCUCUUCGAAUAAAGCAUGAGAAAGAAUUGGAAGAUUUACGAAAGAAAAAAUUUGAUGAAUGGAGUGAACGUAAAAAGCGAGAAGUCAUGAUUGUAAAUGAAUUCAGAAAAUUACAAGCUGAAGAAGAAGCAGUUGAAACCAAUGGAUCAUCUUCAUCGAUUCAUCAUCCUAAUCAACGACCAGGUCAUCGAGCGUUUAAACGUUGGCUUCGUCGAAAGGAUGAACAAUCCAAAGAAGAAAAAAGACAAUUACGUCUUGAAACUCGACGUCUACGUCGUAUGCAACGUCGUUCAAUAAAACGAUAUCAACUUCAACAAGACCUUCAAUUAGCAAAAUCAUUCGGAUAUUCAUGA